CGCAAUCCAAAAUACCACGACCUCACUCUUCAAAUCUCAGAAACAUCUCAAAAUGGCGAGCAAGCGCAAGAUUGUCGAGUCCGACGCGUCCGAGUUUGACGCGUUCGCAGACACCCACGACGACAUGCAAGCGUUCGCAGCUGCUGCUCAGAUGGCCGAAGCACAGAUGACUGGGACUCGGGCUGGGACUCGAGCUGGGGCUGGGGCUGGGGCUGGGACUGGCUCUGGUCAUCACUCGUCGUCGUCGUCGUCGUCGUUGUCGUCGUCCGUCGCGGGAUCGACGUCCACGGCGUCGUCAGCAACACCGUGGGUGCUCAGCCAAGAGCUCCUCGUCGCUGCGCCGGGUGGCCAUCCGAUGAUCCUCGGCGGUGGCGACGCUCCAGGUCGGUUGCACGCUCCUGGCUCGUUACUCGAGGCACACUUUGGCCACCUGCGCACCGCAGCCACCGAACCCGCUGGAUCUGGAUCCGGAGUGGGCCGUCCAGGCAGCUCGAGUAGUAGCAAUGCUGGCGUUGGCGUUGGCGCAUCAUCAGCUCAAGUGAAACGAGCAUCAAGUACGCCAACGCUAACGCGAGGUGGAGGCGCCACUUGUCUCCAAGUGAACAAGCGACAGGAACACAAUCCGAUGCUCAAAUGCAUCAGCGGCACUGUGCCGUAUGAGAUUGUCGAAAUGGUCCCAGACUUUGUCAUGGGUCGGUCUGUGUGCGCCUUGUACUUGAGUCUAAGAUAUCACUUGCUCCACCCAGAGUAUCUGUGGCAGCGAAUGCGAGAGCUGCGCAACAUGUACGAGCUUCGAAUAUUGCUGAUCUUGGUCGAUAUUAAAGAUACACAACGUGUUUUACGUGAGUUGACGACUGUCACGGUGCGAUUCAAAUUUACAGUCGUUCUCGCUUGGAGUGAGGAUGAAGCGGCGCGCUAUUUAGAAACGUACAAAAUGUACGAGUCCAAGCCCGCGGACGCGCUCAAGGAACGCAUCGAUACCGAUUUUCUCUCUCGAGUCACGGAUAUUCUAACCUCCAUCAAAUCCGUCAACAAGACGGAUGUCAUUACGCUUUUAUCGACCUUUGGGUCUCUUAAAAAUAUUGCGAAUGCGACUCCCGAGCAACUGUCGCGCUGUCCUGGCAUUGGCGAACAUAAGGUCCGCCGUAUUUAUGAAGCCUUCCACCAGCCGUUCACGCCAGAUGCAGUCAAAGGUGCUUCAAAGACAAGUGUUUCGACUGCGCCACCCGUUCGGUCUGCGUCCACUGCCAAGACAGCCGCAACGUUCGACAUUGCCUCUGCUUUUGAUCGACACGACACGCUUCCCGUUUCCAGCUCGUCAAGCACAGGCGCAGCCAGCGCAGCCACCACCAUCAGCGGUGCUAGUCUACAUCCCGUCGCACUCCUUGCGCCGAGCUCGCUCCACGGUGGCCAAGCGGCCUCGUCCGACUCCAGUAGUGCCGCUAGUAGUACCGCGACUGGCCCUCGAAUUGGGCAGUUCAGAAUGAGGACCACAAGCAGUACAACCGCCCCGCCAUCAACCGGACAAGCGAUUGUAUCUGACUGGCGACAGCACUUGAAUAGCAACGCGGCCUCUGACUGAAUGCACUGUCGCUGGUUGUCGAACCUGUGCUUUUCGGAUUUGCGAACCCUCGAACCCUUUGUGCUUUGUUUGAUUUGUUCCAUUGUAGUUUUAAUAUUAUUUCGUUCUUCCCCCUC